CCCCCACCCACUUCGCGCUGGGAAACCCCAACCCCAGCCAGCCGUCUCGCUGUUCCUUUAAAGUCGGGCGCGGCACCUGGAGCCACCCGGAGCCGCUCCACCCGGGAGUCUCCGCCCGUCCGGCGGCCGGCCCUGAGGACGCGGAUCCGAGGAGAGGUGGGGCGGGCCGCGCCCCGGAGCCCGAGCGCAGGUUCCCCGCAGCCGUCGGCCGAGCCCUGAGCGGGGGAUGGGGGUGAUCAUCACCCGAGUUGACAGCUAAGCGGGACUCCGUGCGCCCGUCAACGCCCCCACCCGGUGGCCGAGCCCUUGCGCGGUGAAGGGGGUUUGGCACCGCUCCCACUGGAACCGGGGACGGGACGGACGGCGGCGGACUAGACCCUCGGACUCGACCCGCAGCCGGACGUUAGCGUUUCUGCGGGGGCGUGGAGAGCAGGGCUGGAGGACGGUCGCCAGGGCCGCCCCUAACGCUAGGCGCCCCCAGCAGGCCGGAGGGACCGCCUUUCCCAGGUUCGCGCUGCCCUCGGGCACGACAGCCACCAUGUCUUCAUCCCUGGUGGAUUCGUCGGGCUCCCCGCGCCGGGACCACGCCUGACUCGACGGCGCGAUGACUGCGCCCAAGAGAAAAUGCCUUGAGCUGGAGACAGGAGGUACUUGCCCCAUUGACAGAUUCACAGGAAGAUUACCAAAGACUUGUGACAGGGCCCGCGUGGCCUCCACCCUACGCUACUGCAUGAUGGUCAGUGGCACGGUGGUCCUGGUGGCUGGGACCCUCUGCUUCGCCUGGUGGAGUGAAGGAGACGCAGGCCCCCCACCCAGCCGGUUAGCCCCACCCACUGGAUGCCCUGAGCCUGCGGCCCCCGGUGCCCUGCUCAGGUCGGUCAGCUUCUUCUGCUGCGGCGCAGGUGGCCUGCUGCUGCUGUUCGGCCUGCUGUGGUCAGUCAAGGCCAGCACCCAGAAGCUGCCUCGAUGGGACCCAUACCACCUCUCCAGGGACCUGUACUACCUCACUGUGGAGUCCUCAGAGAAGGAGAGCUGCAGGACCCCGAAGGUGGUUACCAUCCCCACUUAUGAGGAGGCUGUGCGCUGCCCACUGGCUGGGGGGCUCUCGACACCACCUGCGUCCCCUGUGGAGGAAGACCUGGAGCGCAGUGCCUCGGAGGAUGCCCUGCCUGGGGCUCAGCCCCCCUUGCCUCCACCCAGUUAUGAGAGCCUCAUCUUCGCUGCUGGUGGCAUCUCUGGAGAGGCAGCACCUGGGGCUGCAUGCUUCCUUGCGGGCCCUGUUCAGAUUACAGAGGGUGGAAGUUCAAGUCUUCUAGCAGGCCUGGAAGCUGGAGACCAAUGAUGGGCUUCUUCUAAGUGUCUGGCCCAGUGCCCGGUACACACAGGCAGUCAACAAAUACUGCUGAAUGCUGUUUUGUUUUUUCGAUCGCUGUGUAACAAAUGGCUGAAAAUAAAUCCAUUUUAUGAUC